AUGGGGUCAUUUAAGACCUCUGUUUUCAUCUUGGUCCUCCACCUUCUAGAAGGGGCCUUGAGCAACUCACUUAUUCAGCUGAAUAAUAAUGGCUAUGAAGGAAUUGUAGUUGCAAUUGACCCUGAUGUGCCAGAAGAUGAAGCACUCAUUCAACAAAUAAAGGACAUGGUGACCCAGGCAUCGCCAUAUCUAUUUAAAGCUACAGAGAAAAGAUUUUAUUUCAAAAAUGUUGCCAUUUUGAUUCCUGCAAAAUGGAAGACAAAACCUGAGUAUGUGAGACCAAAACUCGAGACCUACAAAAAUGCUGAUGUCCUAGUUGUUAAAGACAGUCCUCUGGGUAAUGAUAACCCCUAUACUGAGCAGAUUGGGAACUGUGGAGAAAAGGGUGAAAGGAUGUACUUCACUCCUGACUUCUUAGCAGGAAAAAAGUUGCCUGAGUAUGGGCCACAAGGUAGGUCAUUUGUCCAUGAAUGGGCUCAUCUACGAUGGGGAGUAUUUGAUGAAUACAAUAAUGACGAGAAAUUCUACACUUCCAAAGGAAAAAUCAAAGCCACAAUGUGUUCUGGAGCUAUUACUGGUAAAAAUGUAAUCACUAAGUGUCAGGGAGGCAGCUGCAUCACCAAAGCCUGUAGACCAGACAAAGGAACAGGGAUGUACGAAAAAGAGUGCGAAUUCGUACCUAACAAACAGCAGACUGAGAAAGCUUCCAUAAUGUUUUCACAAAGUAUUAAUUCUGUGGUCGAAUUCUGUACAGAAAAAAAUCACAACAAAGAAGCCCCAAACAAGCAAAAUAAAAAAUGUAAUCUCCGGAGCACAUGGGAAGUAAUCAGUGAUUCUGAGGAUUUUAAGAAAACCACUCCUAUGACUGCACAGCCUCCCAGUCCCACCUUCUCAUUACUACAGAUUGGACAACGAAUUGUGUGUUUAGUACUUGAUAAAUCUGGAAGCAUGGCGUCUGGUGACCGCAUAAAUCGAUUGAAUCAAGCGGGCAAACUUUUCCUGCUGCAGACCAUUGAGCAGGGGUCCUGGGUUGGGAUGGUGACUUUUGACAGUGCUGCCUACGUAAGAAGUGAACUAUUGCAAAUACAGAGUAGCAGCGACAGAGAUGUGCUCAUCAAAAGCUUACCCACCACAGCUUCUGGAGGCACCUCCAUCUGCUCCGGGCUUCGAUCGGCAUUUACCGUGAUUAGAAGAAAAUAUCCAACAGAUGGAUCUGAAAUAGUGCUGCUGACUGAUGGGGAGGACAAUACUAUAAGUGGGUGCUUUAACGAGGUGAGACAAAGUGGAGCCAUCAUUCACACAGUUGCCCUGGGACCCUCUGCAGCCAAAGAACUAGAGGAGCUGUCCAAAAUGACAGGAGGCUUACAGACAUAUGCUUCAGAUCAAAUUCAGAACAAUGGCCUCAUUGAUGCUUUUGGAGCCCUUUCGUCAGGGAACGGAGCUCUCUCCCAGCGCUCCAUCCAGCUUGAGAGUAAAGGAUUGACCCUCCAGAACACUCAGUGGAUGAAUGGCACAGUGAUUGUGGAUAGCACCGUGGGAAAUGACACUUUAUUUCUCAUCACCUGGACGACACAAUCUCCUGAAAUUCUUCUUUUGGAUCCCAGUGGAAAGAAACAAGAUGGCUUUUUAGUGGAUGCGCAAUCCAAAAUGGCUUACCUCCAAAUCCCAGGCACUGCUAAGGUUGGCACUUGGAAUUACAGUCUGAAAGCAAGCUCACAAACCCUGACUCUGACUGUCACCUCGCGUCCAUCAAGUACUACCGUGCCUCCAAUUACAGUGACCUCCAAAAUGAACAAAGAUACAGGCAAAUUCCCCAACCCUAUGGUAGUUUAUGCAAAUAUUCGCCAAGGAGCCAUGCCGAUCCUCAGGGCCAGUGUCACAGCCUUGAUUGAAUCCGUGGAUGGAAAAACAGUUAGCUUGGAAUUAUUGGACAAUGGAGCAGGUGCUGAUGCUACUAAGAAUGAUGGUGUUUAUUCAAGGUAUUUUACCGCUUAUGAUACCAAUGGUAGAUACAGUUUAAAAAUACGGGCUCUGGGAGGAAUAAAUGCAGCCAGACAGAUGGUGAUACCCCAGCAGAGUGGUAGCAUGUACAUGCCCGGCUGGAUUACAAAUGGUGAAGUAAAAUGGAAUCCACCGAGACCUGAAACUAGUAAACAUGAUCUUCGAGGCAAGCAAGUGUGUUUCACUAGAACAUCCUCUGGUGGUUCAUUUGUGGCCUCCAAUGUCCCAGUGGCUCCCAUAUCUGAUGUUUUCCCACCAUGUCAAAUCACCGACCUGAAGGCAACAAUCCAAGAGAACACAUUUAUUCAUCUGACUUGGACGGCUCCUGGGGAUGAUUAUGACCAUGGAAGAGCUCACAAGUAUAUCAUUCGAAUAAAUGAAGAUAUUCUUGAACUCAGAGACAAGUUUGAUGAUUCUCUUCAAGUGAACACUACUGAUCUCAUCCCAAAGGAUGCCAACUUUGAAGAAAUCUUUGUGUUUGAACCAAAAAACAUUACUUUUGAGAAUGGCACUGAUCUCUUCAUUGCAAUUCAGGCUGUUGAUGAUGUCAGUCUGAAGUCAGAAAUAUCCAACAUUGCACGAGUGUCUUUGUUUAUUCCCCCACAGACUCCUACAGAGCCCCCUCAGCCUUCUGUCCCUUGUCCUGAUAUUAGCAUCAAUAGCACAAUCCCUGGCGUCCAUAUUCUAAAAAUUAUGUGGAAGUGGAUAGGAGAAUUGCAGCUAGCAGUAGGCUUGAACUAAGUUCUCUGAGGUAAAUAAAUCAUCUAUCCUUCUUUU